GGCGGCGGUAGUGGUGGUGGUGGUGGUGUUGAGUUUUUUUUUUUCAUGCGGAUUUGCAUGCAAUUUUUUGAUUGAUUUCUUUGGAGCUGUUUGUUGAUUUUAUGGGAAGGUGAAUGGGGUCGUUGGAGACCGGAAUUUCUGUCAUGAGGACGGCGGCGAGCAGGAACGGGAAGCAGUCGUCGUUGAGCAGGACGGUGAUGGUAUGCUCUCGGUUUUUUUUGUUCAAGAGGCUGGAUUACGUCCAGUGGAUUUGUAGCGUCCUUGUUUUCCUCGUCUUCGUAACGUUCUUUCAGACGUUUUUGCCUGGUUCGGUAGUGGAGAAAUUCAAGGAGGAUUCGGUGGAGGAUGUGGAGGUGAUUCCGGAGAAUUUCAGGCGUUUGAAGGAGAUUGGUGGAUUCGAUUUUGGUGAAGAUAUCAGAAUUGAGCCUACGAAGCUGCUGGAGAAAUUCAAGAGAGAAGGUAGUGAGGUCCAUUUGUCAUCUUCGUCUUCUUUUAACAGGAGUCAGCACCGUUUUGAAUACAGAAAGCCGCAGCUCGCGUUGGUGUUUCCUGAUCUAUUAGUUGAUCCACAACAAUUGCUAAUGGUGACUGUUGCAGCUGCAUUGAGAGAGCUUGGUUAUGCAAUCCAGGUUUAUUCGCUUAAAGAUGGUCCUGUCCUUAACAUUUGGCAAAGCUUAGGAGUUCCAGUCACCAUUCUUCAAGCUGGUGCCAAGGUGGAGAUUGUUGUUGAUUGGCUCAACUAUGAUGGCAUUCUUAUCUGUUCUCUUGAAGUCAAGGAUAUCAUUUCUAGUCUCAUGCAGGAACCUUUCAAAUCUGUACCUGUUAUAUGGACUAUCCAUGAACGAACACUAGCUAUUCGUUCAAGAGAAUAUGCUUCAAGUGGGCAAACUGCACUUAUGAAUGAUUGGAAAAAAGUCUUCAACCGUGCUACUGUUGUUGUCUUCCAAAACUAUGCCCUCCCGAUGAUCUAUUCUAAAUUUGAUACCGGAAACUACUAUGUUGUUCCUGGUUCUCCUGCUGAAGCAUGGAAAGCAAAAACAGGAAUGAAGUUAGAUGUAGAUAAUCCACGUGUUGCAAUGGAUUUUGGGCCUGAUUUUCUAAUUGUUGUAGGAAAUCAAUUUUCCUACAAGGGUUUGUGGUUGGAGCAUGCACUCAUUUUACAAGCUUUAUUUCCACUCUUUGCUAAUAAUACGAAUUCCCAGGCUGAAAUCAUUGUCUUAAGUGGUGAGUUGACUAGUAACUACGGUAUGGUUAUUGAGUGCAUUGCUUUUAACUUGGGCUACCCUGGAGGUGUGGUCAAGCAUGUAGCUUUUGAUGGAGAUGUCGAUGGUGUUCUUAGCAUGGCUAGCCUUGUGAUACAUGGAUCCUUCCUUGAGGAGCCAUCUUUUCCAGAAAUUUUGACAAAAGCCAUGAGUCUUGGGAAACCAAUUAUAGCUCCAGAUCUCCCCAGCAUCAGAAAACAUGUUGAUGACAGAGUCAAUGGCUAUCUUUUUUCCAAGGAGAAUAUUACGGUUCUUACCCAGAUCAUAUUGCAAGUAAUCUCAAAUUGGAAAUUAUCAUCUGAGGCACUCAGUAUUGCAUUGAAAGGUAAAGAAACUGUUAAAAAUAUGAUGGUUCUGGACACUGUUGAGGGUUAUGCUUUGUUGCUUGAAGACGUUGUCAAGCUCCCAUCAGAAACUGCACCUCCUAAGGCUGUUAAAAAUAUCCCUCCCAUAUUGAAAAAUGAAUGGCUCUGGAAUCUAUUUGAAGCUUUUAUAAACUCAACGUAUGAAGACAGAACUUGGAGAAGUUUUAAAUUUUUGGAGAACAUCGAGAAGCGGUGGAGCCAUAGUCAAAUAGAACACUCUCGUUCAUUAACUGCAGUGGAUGAUUCAUUUUCAUAUGAAAGUUGGCAGGAAGUAAAAAAUAUACAGAUCAUGACUACUAAAAGGAGAAGAGAGGAAGAAGAGUUAAAAGAUAGAACUGAUCAACCGCGUGGAACAUGGGAAUAUGUAUAUCGAACUGCCAAGAGGAUUGGCCACAAUAAGAAUGACUUGCAUGAAAGGGAUGAGGGAGAGCUUCAGAGGACAGGCCAACCAUUGUGUAUUUAUGAACCUUAUUAUGGCAUUGGAACUUGGCCCUUCCUGCACAAUAAUUCACUUUAUCAUGGAAUUGGAUUGUCCACCAGAGGUCGAAGACCAGGUAUGGGCGAUAUUGAUGCACCCUCUCGUCUGCCACUACUUAACGACCCCUACUUUCGAGAUGUCCUUGGCGAAUAUGGGGCCUUUUUUGCAAUUGCUUACCGGAUUGACCGUUUACACAAGAAUGCCUGGAUAGGAUUUCAGUCUUGGAGAGCAACAGCGAGGCAGGCAUCCUUGUCUAAGGUCGCUGAAAGUGCAUUGUUGAAUGCCAUUGAAACACGAAAGCAUGGUGACACUCUCUACUUUUGGGUUCGCAUGGACAUGGACCCAAGAAACAACUUGCAACAUGAUUUUUGGUCAUUUUGUGAUGCCAUAAAUGCUGGAAAUUGCACAUUUGCAUUUUCUGAGGCCUUUAAAAGAAUGUAUGGCGUAGAGCUAGAUUUGAAUUCUUUGCCACCAAUGCCUGAAGAUGGUACGUGGUCCGUCAUGCAGAGUUGGGCCUUACCAACAAGGUCCUUCCUAGAAUUUGUCAUGUUCUCAAGGAUGUUUGUGGAUGCCUUGGAUGCACUAAUGUAUGAUGUGCACCAUCAAAGUGACCGCUGUUAUCUAAGUCUCUCUAAGGACAAGCAUUGUUAUUCACGGCUGCUUGAGCUACUUGUAAAUGUUUGGGCUUACCAUAGUGCACGGCGGAUGGUAUAUGUGAAUCCGGAGACUGGGGUGAUGCAAGAAUAUUACAAGUUGAAGAACCGGCAAGGUAAAAUGUGGGUCAAAUGGUUCACAUUCUCUACCUUAAAAGGAAUGGAUGAGGACCUGGCUGAGGAGGCAGACUCAGACCACCCCAAGAGACGAUGGUUAUGGCCAUCAACUGGCGAGGUUGUCUGGCAAGGAGUGUUCGAAAGAGAGAGGAAUCUUCGCAAUAAAGAGAAAGAGAAGAGGAAGCAAAGAAGUAAAGAUAAACUUGCCAGAAUGAGAAAACGGUAUCAUCAGAAAGCUUUAGGGAAGUAAGUGAAACCCCUUACAGAAGAACAGGAUAAUUCAAACUCAACUAUAGUAAUAUCUAACUAGUUUCAUGUGGGUUUCGCACAUUAAGUCAAAUAUUAUCAUUCUUUGAUUUUUGAAUAUAUAUAUAUAUAUAUAUAUAUAUUGUCAGAAAGGAUGCAUAUAUUUUUGUAUUCUAGAUAUGAGUUGCUUUUGUAUGUAGCUAACAGCAUCCUUCCGGUCAUCGAUAUUCAAUAAUUCCUCAAUUGUAUACUAGUUAGUUUCUUUUUGUAUUCUUAUGGCAUUAAUCAUUCACCUCCA